UUUCGAAUUGGUUUCUCACUCAUCGAUAAUUCCGUUUUGUUCCCCAUUGGCCAGUUCGGCCACAAGCACCUCCUUCAUCAUCUUCUCCACUCAAUUUCCCUCCGCUUCGUGCCAUUUCCCGAACUCUACCUUACCCUACUCACUGUCUCCGACUCUCAACUUCCUUAUCUGAGCUCAACAACUAACCACUUCAAAACGCAUUUCAUUCUCAUUUUUCCCUCAUCCAUCAAUUCGCUUUGCGCUGACGGUUCGAGAGAUCGGAGAAGGAGAAGAAGGAUCUCAUGGCUCACAGGGUGGACCACGAGUACGAUUACCUCUUCAAGAUCGUGUUGAUCGGUGACUCUGGCGUUGGCAAAUCCAACAUUCUCUCGAGGUUCACGCGCAACGAGUUUUGCUUGGAGUCCAAAUCCACCAUCGGCGUUGAAUUCGCCACCAGAACUCUUCAGGUAGAGGGAAAGACUGUUAAGGCACAAAUCUGGGACACGGCAGGUCAGGAGCGGUACCGAGCCAUCACCAGUGCUUAUUAUAGAGGAGCUGUUGGUGCUCUCCUUGUGUAUGACAUAACUAAGAGGCAAACCUUUGACAAUGUGCAAAGGUGGCUCCGUGAAUUGAGGGACCAUGCAGAUUCUAACAUAGUUAUCAUGAUGGCUGGGAAUAAAUCUGAUUUAAACCAUCUUAGGGCAGUUUCAGGGGAUGAUGGUCAAUCGUUGGCAGAGAAGGAAGGUCUAUCGUUUCUCGAGACAUCCGCACUGGAAGCAACCAACAUUGAGAAGGCAUUCCAAACUAUUUUGACCGAGAUUUAUCAUAUUGUAAGCAAAAAGGCACUGGCAGCCCAGGAAGCUGCUGGUAGUACAGUUCCCGGUCAAGGAACCACAAUCAAUGUUGCUGAUACAUCUGGGAACACAAAGAGAGGCUGCUGUUCUACCUAAUGUGACAUUUGAGGAUGAAUCGUUGCUGGCAGAUAUUAUUUUUUCCCCCUCUUCCAAUUCUGUUUUUUGCGCCCCUUUUUUUCCCCUUUCUUUUAUGGGUGAGAGAGAAACAUGUAGAGUACAUUUUACUUCAUUGAGUUGCAACGAGGAAGCUUGUGAAAUUCUAUAAAAACGAUAGUGUCUUUGGCUUAUCUCCUCUGUUAUUUGAUAGUUUCUCAUGAAUCGAUGUAAUAUUUGGAACUGACAGAUAUUGAUGAUAUAGCGUGGUCAAUCAGAAUGUGACAUCUCAGAAGCCAUGUAAGAUUA